CCCUCUUCCCCCUCCCCAACACACACAAACUCUUGCUCGCCCCCUACGCCACAGGAGCAGGACCUCGGGAGUUCAGAGGCGGACACAGACGCGCAGCUAGAAGAUGUCGUCGUCAUACAGCGAGUACAAGAAACUCAAGGCGAAGAUGAGGAAGGUGCAGAAGCUGAAGCGAGACCUGCAGAACCCGGGGCAGGCCAUGAAGCGCAAGAUGCAGCCUGACAUCUACAAGAAGGCUAAGCGCACCGCCCAUCAGGCUUCCAACCCAGGACAGACUUUGAAGCACAAGCUGCAGCCCGACGCGUACAAGAAGGCCAAGCGCAGGCUCAAGAAGCUGUCCAAGCUCAAGAAGAUGAUGAAGGGCGAGGUGCACUCCAAACCCAAGCCUCGCGGGAUGAUGCCGCCUGAGGGGCACAGCGGGGCUCGGCACGGCGCGGCCCCCGAUGACGGUUACUCGAGCUCAGACUGCUCCAGCGUAAGCUCGGGAUCCUCGCUGGAGGGCGAGACCCUGUCCGAUCUGUCCGACCUGUCCGAUUCGGAGGACGGUUCCGGUUCCAGCUGAACGAUACGAGGAAACUCUUUUUGAUGGAUGAUGUGUAAUAUAUGUACAUCCCAGAAUGGUUGUUGACU